UGUUAUGCCGCCGAAAAAGAGUUGGAAAAAUAUUUCGAAUUUAUCUGGUGGAGAAAAGUUCUUUGACUUUGGUAUUCGCAUGGAUGAGACUGAUGCGGCCUUGGAUUUUCGCAAUGUGUCAAUCGUCGCUAACAUUAUUAAAGAACGAAUUUAUAAAAUUCAUGAUCAGACAAAAUCCGUUACUAUUGAUUCACAUGAAAUUGGAAAAUAG